CGCGUGCGUACACCACGUAGCCCAGUGCUCAGGCUCAGCGUUCUGAGCUCGUUGCUAACUGGCUAACUAACGGUCUGUCCAGUCGCAUACAUUGGGUUAGGAGGGGAAGCGCGGUGGCGGAGAAGAAGGGAGACCUGAACGCCGCUAAGAAAUGGCCGGACAACAGUUCCAGUAUGACGACAGCGGCAACACAUUUUUCUAUUUCCUUACGUCCUUCGUCGGACUUAUUGUGAUCCCAGCCACAUACUACCUCUGGCCCCGGGAUCAGAAUGCAGAACAACUGCGCCUAAAGAGCCUCAGGAGGGUUCACGGUCGCUGUCUGUGGUACCGUCUCAGGCUGAUGAAGUCACAGCAGAGCAUUGUACCAACACUAAAGAAAGCCGCUUUGCUAUUUGGGUGGGCUGUGUUCCUGCUGCUAGCCUACAAGGUGUCCAAGUUGGACAGAGAAUACCAGGAGUACAAUCCUUAUGAAGUCCUAAACCUGGACCCGGGUGCAUCGCUGUCAGAAAUUAAGAAGCAGUACCGUGUACUGUCGCUUAAAUUCCAUCCUGACAAAGGUGGCGACCAGGAUACGUUUAUGAGAAUCGCCAAAGCCUACAAUGCUCUGACCAAUGAACAGUCACGGCAGAACUGGGAAAUGUACGGUAACCCUGAUGGACCAGGAGCUACCAGCUUUGGCAUUGCCCUGCCUGCCUGGAUUGUUGACCAGAAGAACUCGAUGCUGGUUCUGUUAGUGUAUGGAUUAGCCUUCAUGGUCAUCCUUCCUGUGGUUGUGGGCACAUGGUGGUACCGCUCCAUCCGCUACAGCGGCGACCAGAUCCUCAUCAACACCACUCAGCUUUUCAUGCAUUUCAUGUACAAGACGCCCAACAUGAACAUGAAGCGUUUGGGUAUGGUAUUGACGGCUGCGUUUGAGUUCGACCCCCGCAGCAAUAAAGAAGCCACCAUACGGCCAACAGACAACAUCGUAGUGCCUCAGUUGAUACGUGAGUUAGGAAAUAUCAACGUGAAGAAGAAGGAGCCUCCAUUCUGUUAUCCUUACAGUUUGAAGGCCAGAGUCUUAGUGCUGGCUCACCUGGCUCGAAUGGAUGUGUCUGAGGAGUUGGAGGAAGAUCAGAGGUUUGUAGUGAGGAAGAGUCCAGCACUCCUGCAGGAGAUGAUCAACGUGGGCUGUCAGCUGACGAUGAUGGCCAACAGUAGAGGAGGUUUUCACGCCCCGCGCCUGGGAACAAUAGAGAACUGCAUGAGACUGACCCAGAUGAUAGUUCAGGGCCUGCAGGAAUCAAAGUCACCACUUCUGCAGCUACCCCACUUCGAGGAGGAACAUCUCCGUUACUGCAACUCCAAAAAGUACAAAGUUCGGAGCCUGCAGGACCUAGUGAGUAUGAAGGACUCAGACAGACGCAGCAUGUUGCGUUUCCUGGGAGAGGAGAAGUACGAAGAGGUCAUGGCUGUGCUGGGCAGCUUCCCUCACCUCACCAUGGACAUCAAACUGCAGGUCUUGGACGACGAAGACAGUAAUAACAUCACAGCAGGCUCCAUCGUCACAGUCACAGUCACCCUAACCAGAAAACGGAUGGCGGUAAGGACUGACACUGAAGUCACAUCAGCUGACAUGUUUGAAAAAGAGCAGGACACAACACAGUGUCCAGGAGAGGAGGCUGCUGCUGCCACAGAAGAAACGCAGGCAGACUCCAGUAAAGCCAAAACCAAAGUUUGGCAGAACAAGAGCAAAGGAGCAAAGAAAACGGCCAAGUCCAAGAAGAAAAAGUUAACCAAGAAGAAGGCCACUCCUGCACCGGCCAAGUCUAAACAGGCCAACGGCAACGUAGCAGGAAACGAAGUGGCAGCUGCAGCAUCAACGGCAGCAGCAAAGGAAGAAGAGGAUGAUGCCUCGGACAAAGGCAGCGAGUCGGAUGAGGGCGAGGUCAACAAAGACUCUGCCAGCGAAAGAGACGAUGACAGCGACAAGCAAAGUGACACUGAGGUGGAUGAAAUGGCAGGUGACGACGAGGAGGAGUGGGAGGCGUUGCAGCAAAGCAUUCAGCGGCGAGAACGAGCCCUGCUUGAGACCAAAUCAAAAGUGACGCACCCCGUCUACAGCCUUUACUUCCCCGAGGAGAAGCAGGAGUGGUGGUGGCUCUACAUCGCCGACCGUCGGGAUCAGACCCUCGUCUCUGUUCCCUACCAUGUUUGCACACUCAAAGACACAGAGGAGGUUGAGCUGAAGUUUCCAGCUCCCUCCAAAACAGGGAACUACCAGUAUUCGGUUAUCCUCCGCUCUGAUUCCUUCAUGGGACUGGACCAGAUCAAACCACUGAAGUUGGAGGUCCACGAGGCCAAAGCCAUGCUUGACAACCACCCACAGUGGGACAUCCCUGACACGGAAGAGGAGGACGAGGAGCAGGAGGACAGUGAUGGCAUCGAGGAGAGUGAAGAAGAUGAUGAAGACAACGAUUGAAAUUUAAAAAAUUGAAUGGGGACAUUUUCAAUCCAACAGCCUUCUCCCACGGACUGGCCAGCAAUCUGUUCCAGACCCCACAGCCGUAAUCCACAGCGAACAACCCUGCCCUCCCUGCCACACAACUGCAUACACACACACACAUGCACACUGAUGACAGCUUCCGAGCAAUUCUCCCAUCGGCUUCUUCCCUUAGUGUGUUCUGUCCUAACGAUAACGUUAACUGUGACCAUGGCCCUUUUCUACAGAGACUUGUUCUUUCACUUUCCGUAUCUGGCGGAUGAAAAGUCUGUGAAUACUUUACACCAGACCCAUGUGUGUGAUUUGGCAUGUAUGUGACAGGGUGAUUUUUGUGUGUGUGUGUGUGUGUGUGAGUGAGUGUGUGUAUGUGCGUACGUGUGUCUCCUGUGAGUUUGUUACCUUGUAUGUGUUUAUACAGGUAUGAAAGGUUGUCACACUGUGGACUGGAGGACCUAUUUUCUGGGCUCUUUUCCUGAGGGGGAGAGAGAAUGUGCAACAGCUAAUUCUAAGUGGAAAAAAACUAGCAUCACAAACUCUUUGUGGAAGUCGUGACAUUAUUCUAAUGCCCCUUUUUUUUAAAUCACACUGCACCAAAUGAUUUCCCUUCAAUGAAACUUUCUUUUGGACAAUCUAACAACAAAACAUGUGAGCUUUAGCUGUUUCUUGUCAGGAAUCACAUUAAAGUUUCAUAUUGUUUUUUUCUCUAACUGUUUCCAAAUGAUCACCCGCCACCCACAGAUAGAUAGUGAUGCCUCUGCUGCAGUCAACCUGAGAAGACAACUGUCAGAAGUCUUUUAAAAUGAAUCAUAAGUGUGUAACAUUACAAAGAUGUUUAGUGUUAUGGUCUUUAUUUUCUUAAUGUACAACAACAAAGAUGUGGAUUUUGGUCUUUUUUUAGGGGCUCAGAUACUAAUACUGAUAUAAAUAAUAUACUUGUGGCUUUUCAGACUUCCUGUCCAUUGUUGCACAUUCCACUGUAUACUCAUUGUCCAAAAAGGCCUUAUGAAUAUAACUGAAAGACCACAUCAUGCACAUCCUUGGGUGCCAUGCACCGGUGGUUCAUGGGAGGGUAGAAAGUAGUCGGUAGUUGUUUGGUCAUAUAAUCCUACAGCUCUGCAGAAUUGUUACAUAUCAUCACUGAUGCUGCCAUGACAGUCACUGUAAGUAGUCAGGUCUGGGGCCAGGGGGUUAGCAGUGUGGGACAAACAGCUGCACCACGAUCUGAAGUGGUGUGAACUUGUUACAAGUGGUGUGUGGUGUAAUGCUGAUAUUCUCUUCAGCACCCCAUAGUCAAGCAGAACAAAAUCUCUGACUUUUCUACACUCGAGGUUCUGUUCAUCAAAUCUCCUUGUGGAUCUUUUUAUUUUUAUCCAUCUUCUGCAGAAAUGCACAGAAAAACCUGAUAUCAGGAGAAAUUCUGAUGAAAGAGAUUUGUUCAUCUCUGUUGAACUGCAGUUACAACAAAUGUAAGACAGAACUUUGUCUUAUUUUUUUUUUUUUUAAUUAUUAUUCAUUUUUUUCUCCCCUGUUUUAACCUUGGUUGUAUGUCAGUUAGAAGAAUGAGAAAAUCAGGGCUUCCCUGUACCGCUCUGUGGGUUUUCACCGUAUGUCGUCAGCAUGACAGUUCCAUUUUCAAAAGAUAUAAAUAGAAACUGUUUCACCAGGAGUAUCCUCACAAUACCACAUUUUAGUACAACGCCGUUGUAGGAGAGGUCGUUCUCUACCUUAAUACCACACACACACAAACACAUGCACGCACUCUACCCUUCUUUAAUCGCAUUUGAAGCAGGUGUAUGCUUACAGGUAACAUUGUACUCUUGAGUAUUUAUCGCUCUGCAAUAGAAUGUAGCAUCAGUGGUUCGACGCUGUGUUGGGAAAAAAAAACAAAACUGCAGUGAGGUUAGAUACUACACCGUGACACAGUCCAGACUGGUCCAGUUUGGACCAACUACCCAACGACUAUCUGUCUGCCCCUUUUGUUUACAAAGGAACUGUCAUUGUAAAUGGAAAAAAAUAUAUUAUUUGUAUUUAAAAUCAUUUCAAAUAAAAACCUUUUAAAUGAGA